UCCCCUCCCUUUUUUUCCUCUCUCCUGUUCUUUUUUUUCUCUCUCUCUCUUCUCUUUUCCUGCUGAGCUACAGCAAAACGGAGCUUUUACACGUCUGUUCAGCUGUGUUCAACCUAAAAGUCUUUUCAUCUCAACGUCAUUGCUUCCCUUUUUUUGCACUCUGGAGUCAAAAGAGCGCUAAAUCGUUUAACGCAGCAGCAGCAGCAGCAGUAGCACCAUCACCAUCAUCUUCGCUGAAAGGUUCAGCAAUGGUAGAUAUAUCUUUGAGUACUUGGCCUGACUUUAAAAAGUUUGACUAGAAAUGAUUUUUCUAAGCAGUCAGUCUGGAGCUGACUGAUUAAAUAUGGGAUGUGCUUCGGCUAAGCAUGUAUCUACAGUGCAAAGCGAUGAAGAUGCCCAAAAUGGCAAGAGCUACCAAAAUGGGGAUGCCUUCUGUGAUGAAUACAGGAUCAAACCUGUUGAAGAAGUCAAGUAUAUGAAAAAUGGGGAAGAGGAAGAGCAAAAAGUAGUUCAGAAGAAUCAGGAAAAUUUGGAGAAAAGUGCCACUCAUAAUGUUCGACCUAGAAAUAACACUGAAGCUCCAGAACCAGGGCACCAACAUCGAAUAAACAUACACAUCUCUGAAAGUCAACAGGAGUUUUUCAGGAUGCUGGAUGAAAAAAUUGAAAAGGGUCGUGAUUAUUGCUCAGAAGAGGAGGACAUUACAUGAGUAUCAUCUCCUGUAGAGAGUGUGUAAAUAUCUUUUAUGAUGUAAUACCCACUGGAUAUUUUCUACCAAAUAACCUAUGACAAAGAGAUCUCAAAUCAUAAGGCAGCAAAAUACAAUGUGUCAAAGUGAACUGUUGUAAAGUUCUUCUGAUGAAGACUACAUUACUGUAUCUAGCAAAUGCUUAUAAUUCUCAACAACAUGGCUGCUUGACAUCUGAAAAAAGCUGACAUACUGUAGCAGGAGAUUUUUAUGCUUCCAGAUUGUUUUUUAGAUCCUUUUAGCUAAGCGAACAGUAAGAGGGCACUGAACUGCUUAAGAGAUUUCAGGUGGUAGAAGUGAUUCUAUUCACUUGGUAGCCGUUUGAGGAUGCCUGCCUAAUCUGUCUUCUCCCAUUAUAAAUUGGUGUCAUUCAGUCUGCAGUUCGUUGCACAUAUUGGUGUCCAUUUAAAUAUUCUUCGCCAUUUUAUAUAUAUUUUUAUUUUAUUAAAUAAACAUUUGUGUUUUA